AGUAAGCCAACCUCACUAGGCCUCUGAGAAAAAGAAAACCCUUCAAAAAAUCUCUCAGAUUUUUUUUUAUCCCUCUAAGAAGAAACCACCAUGGAUUAUAUCAAGGUUUCAAGCACCCAAGCUGCAGGCCAGUUCAAUUUCAGCCAAUCCCAUAACCAAAGCAAAGUCAUCAAACUUUUGCUCUCUGUCUCCGUCUUGUCAAUUUUAUUGUCCUACUCUUCCUUGGUUUCUUUCCUUCUUCAUUCCUUCAAUGCCUUCACAUCUGCAGCUCCUGUGAAACUGUUCAGCUACAGCUUUGAUAAGAACUACAUGUUCUUGCUCUGCAAUGGACUUCUGGUGUUUAUUGUCAAGAAUUCUGGUCUUAUUGGAACUUCUCCUCCAGGAAGUACUAAUCUUAACAAUGAUGAACAUGCUCCGAAGAACAGCGAAAACCCGCAAAGAGUUGUCGAAUUGGCAGAGACAAAGGCACCAAAAGCAAAGGAAGAAGUUGUCAACAUGGAAGUUGAAGAAGAGCAAGAAAGAGAAGAUGAUGAAAUCUUUAUCACAGUAGAAGAAGAAGAAGAAGAAGAUAAAAGGGUUUUGAUUACACAAGCUGAAGAAGAGGAAGGCUGCAGAAACAGCUCAAUUAUGGUUGAAGAUCAUGAUGCAUAUGAAGAAGAAGGAAUUGAGUCGCUGAGUAGAGAGGAGUUAAACAAGAAAUGUGAUGAUUUUAUCAGAAGAAUGAAGGAAGGAAUUAAACUUGAAGUCCAACAGGCAGUCAUGUUUUGAUUUGAUCAGUCAGUGAGCAAAGAACUAACAAGCUAGUUUUUCAAUUAACAAAGACUACUCUGUGACUGUAACUUUGAGAUUUUUGGUUUCUUAUUCCUUCUGAUUUCCAUGUUGUGUAAAAUACCAUCCCAGCUCUUUACCUUCAUAUCAAUAAUCGAUGAUACAACUUUCAGCUGAAA